AUGUCGGUGUUCUCUUUCCCUGUAUAUCACAAGUCUCCAAGAUGCGGCUAUUGCUCAGGAACCAAGAAGGACUUUGGUGCACUCAAAUCAGAACAGGCUCAACAGAAUAUACGAGACCCCAAAGUAUAUAAACCAGAGCACGCCUCUUUGGGCAUGGUGACUGGAGGUAUGACGUGUCAGAUCUAUGAUGAACUUAUCAAUAAGGGAUUCAGAAGAAGUGGGGAUUACCUUUAUAAGAAUGAUCUUCUUCGUAGUUGUUGUCGAUCUUACACCAUACGAACCAACUCACAGUACUUGAAGAUGCACAAGAAUCAUCGUAAAGCACUCAAUAAGUUUGUCAAAACCAUUUCUGGUGAUGAUGAUUCAGCUUCCAAAAGAGGUAAGGGUCCCUUGACUUUACUGUGGUUGGCAUACCAAGAACAACAACAUCUUGAUGAUACUUUCCAUACGGUGUUUGAAGAAGCAGACUUAACCGAAGAGAAAUAUCGUCUCUACAAGAAGUAUCAGAUCCAUGUUCAUAAUGACGAACCAGAAGACGUUUCUACUAGUCAAUUUGAACGAUUUCUAUGUACAAAACCCUUCACUGAUGUAACUAACAGGACACCCGAACACCAGGCUGCUCAAUUUGAAUACUUAAACAAUUGGCUAAAGAAUUACGAUCUUACAACAGGCAAGGUUCCUAAUCCUAAUAAUAUCAAACCUUUGGGCGCAAUUCAUGAAUGUUAUUACUUGCAUGAUAAGCUUAUAGCUAUUUCUGUCUUAGAUUUCCUUCCAACCGGGAUCUCUUCAGUAUAUUUCAUUUGGGAUCCUGAUUAUGCACAUUUAUCCUUAGGAACCGUUUCCGGUCUAAGGGAUAUCUUACUUUGUAAGGCAUUGGAUUUAGGGUAUUACUAUUUAGGGUAUUACAUUGCUGAUUGUGUGAAAAUGAAUUAUAAACUGAAAUUUGGUGGAGAAAUCUUAGACUUGACUACUCAAACUUAUUUCCCAUUGAAUAAAAUUGAAAAGUACGUUUCUGAUGGGAAACUCUUUAGCAUUAAACCAUCAUCAUCAUUAGUUCUUGAUUAUAGCAAGUUCCCAGAGACUUAUGAAGAAUCACAAUUUAACGGUAAAGAAUUAAUUGAAUCUUCAACAGAUGUUUAUGGGAACCCAAAAACCUAUAAGAAGGCUGAUGAAUUACAUAAAAAGAUAUGCCGUAUUCUUGGAAUGGAUCUGCUGAUAUCUGGAAGAGAAAUUCCCUUGGUUUCGCCUGGAUUUGGUACGUUGGAGUACCUUUAUCAGUGCACUACUGAAGGUAUAUUUGAUACCUUGACCAUCAUCAUGAGACUAGGAGUAGAAGACUAUGAAAUCAGGUUCAUGGAGUUGACCAUUGAAGGUAAGCGAAUGGUUAUAAAUGCUAUAAGAGCUUUUGGACUAAGUAUACUACUGCGGUCUACAAUGUCACUUUAUUAG